AAAAUAAAAGUUGGGAUAAUUAAACCAAAUCGGAAAUAACAGAAUUCCCACUUCCGAAAAAACUGACCUUCCGAUUCUCCCCGCCGCCGCCGAUGUAUCCGGCGCUCCUCGUCUCACACCCUAGACCUCCAGCGACAGCACCACCUCUUCGCUCACUCCACUCCGCCAGAAAUUACGCACAAUUGCUGCUGCAGCGCCGCUCCGUAGCACUCAAACCUCGAAUUAAAUGUGCAGAGGUUAGUAAUGAUGAAAUUGGGGGCAGUAAGAGCUGGGAAAAAUGGCUGCCCCGUAAUCUGUUUGGUGCGGAGAAAGUGUUUGGAGCAAUAUCAGGGGCUACCUCCAGUCCCAUUGCUCAAUACAUAUCUUCUCCCACCACUUUCUUGCACAGCGUCGACCCUAGAAUCAAGCUGGCAUGGCUGCUCGCGUUUGUAGUUUUACCAGCGAAAGCAGAUAUGACGGUGCGUGUGGGGGUGGUAGUCUAUCUAGCCCUGUUGUCUGUGUGGGUUCAGCCGACUGAGGUGUGGAAGGAUCAAUUGGGGAGAGUGACUUUGCUCUGUGGUAUCUUGUUUGUUUUGUUGGGGUUAAGCACCGACAGUGCACCUUCCCUUUUACGAUCGAGAAGCCCACCAUCUUCAGUGACGGGAUUACCAAACCUUGCCGCAUCUUAUGAAGGUUAUAAAUAUGUGAUAAUGAAGUUUGGGCCGUUACAGCUGACAAGUAAAGGCUUGUCAGCUGCUACUACCGCAGCUUGUUUAACAUUCACUAUCUUCCAAAGUGCUAGCCUUUGCUUGACAACCACAACAUCAGAGCAGCUUGCAUUUGCUUUGCAAUGGUUUAUUCUUCCUUUGAAGAACUGUGGUGUCCCAGUGGCUGAAGUCAUUCUAACUCUACUACUCUCGUUAAGAUUCAUCAAUUUGGUAUUCGAUGAGGUUCGCAAUGUGGCCCUGGGUAUUGUAUCUCGUAGGAUUCAAUGGGAGCAGUUAACAACACUUGAGACAGUAGAUGUUUUCUUCACAUACAUCCGAAGGAUCUUCAAGAAUGUCUAUAGCCACGCAGAGCAGAUAAGCCAGGCAAUGAUCGUUAGAGGUUUCCGUGGAGACUGCAACUCUUAUCGCAUUUUUCUGUCAGCCGGCUCAUCUACAAAGAUUGCUAAUAUAAUUUCUUGCUCUUGCCUCAUCGGCCUUGUAUGUGCCACCACUUUGCCAAGAUUCUAGCUUACUAGCAGCACUCAAACCUGUCUGUUGUAUAAUUGCUGUAACUAUGAACAGGCCAUGUACCUUGCUCCCUUUUAUUUUAUCUUUAUUAAGUUAAA